AUGGGUCAUCAAAUCAUCUCCGGCGGCUGUCACCUAGUGGAGCGAAAAAACGGCAACUUUACAGCUCUUCAGCAGCUAUCACCUGAUGAAGAGGAACAAGAUGUGGGUGGGGCACAUGUUAGGGAGCUUCAUCCUUAAGUCUACGUAGUAAGAGGAGACUCUUCAUUGCAUUUGGUAUGCUCUCAGGAGGUGGCGACUCAUCUCUUGACAGAUCGUCCCCUUUCUGACGACAGUUUGUUCUUCGAUCAAUCAGAGAUGCUUUACUUAAUAGAUUCACAAUCCUUUUAUCGCGAAUUGUUUAGUAAUUUUAGUAACAAUGCUCUACAAAUCGCAUUGAUGAGAUUAUCGUCAAUGAUCUAGAAAUUCUAAUUACUUAAUCCUUUAAUGGCAAUCUAUAGGAAAGUUGCGAUAAUCAGAUAAAAAAUAUAUGAAUUUUGGUUCUAGGAGGAUUCGAACCCAUGCCGGUUGCCUGCCCUUUCUGAGGAAGGUGUGAUGCAAGUUUAGUCCCACAUCGGUUGUGCGCUGAUUUUUCGGGUGAAUAUAUACUAAUGUUACAUUUCUAAGCAAGUCCCUUCUCUCGCGUGUACGACCACUCCUUGCCCCACAACCAGCUGGCCACUAGUGAUGUGGAAGGGGAGUAGCGCACACGUGCCUCUAUCGGUCCAAGCUGCUUGA